AUGAAGUUGUAUUCUCAGCUGAUGAGCAUCGCAGUUCCCAUGAACAAGUUUGAAGAACUCAAAGCCACCAUUGACUACAUGGAACAACUGCUUCGUCAGCUAGAGGCACAAGGAGAAACAGUAAAUGCUCAGCGGAUGCUCGUCCAACAAUUGAUGGCGAGGUUUCCGGUGGGAUUUCUAACUAACCUCGCAGAACAACGUAACAAACCCUGUGAACCCUGGUCAACCAGUGACCUACGUGCUGCUAUGAAGAAGUAUCUCGAUGUUCAUGCUACAGCCCGCAAAAUGGCUGACUUCCAGCACGAACAUCGACACAACCAGCCAUCAUCACACCACCCCAGACAACACGCUAGACCAUCAGCCAGCUCACUCCAGGUCCUUGCAGCACAUCAAAGCCUACCACAACGUGCUAGUAAGCCUCUGUCCUGCAGCUAUUGCAGAGGGCCACACUGGAAUGAUGAAUGUGAUCGCCAUACAACAAUGGACAGCAGAAAGGCCCGCCUGGCUGAAGAGAAGAGAUGCUUCCGUUGCCUCCGCGUAGGGCACGCAGCCAACAACUGUCUACGCACGAAAGACCGCAAGUGUGUCCACUGUGGUAGGCUUGGCCACAACCGCUCUCUGUGCCCUACUAAGUUUGGCACAAUGACCGAGAAUCGUCCUUACCAAUCCUACAGCACGGCAACAAAUGUCGCCACCCAUAUGGCAAGUGCUACUCAACUUCAUCAGCCGCAGUCGGACAGCGGCUCACUCCACUGCAACAUCUCCGGCAAGAAUGCUCUACUGCAAACUGCUACUACAGCGGUGAGCGGACCCAAUGGGGUUGCAACAGUACGUGUCCUUCUCGAUAGUGGUAGUCAACGGUCCUUCAUCAGACGGAGUGUGGCACAGUCUCUCAACAUGCCUGUGGAACAUGGCAAAGUCAUGCGGCUGUCAACUGUCGCUGCAAACAAGCCCACGGAUGUACCGACAGAAGUUGUUUCUGCAAGCAUUGCCAUUGCUAACAACCAACAGGUGAAGAUGUCUCUUCACACUCUACCCAAGGUCACUGACCCAUUUGUCCGCAAUGCGAUUCCAUCGGCUGACAUAUCUUUCCUGCAACUACUGUCAUCUGGGUCCUUGGCCGACGUAGUACCAACGGAAGAUACACAGGUUUCCAUUGACAGUCUUAUUGGAGCAGACUACUUCUGGGACUUUGUUCACUCAUCCCAGAACAAAGCCGUGUUGCCAUCUGGACUGAACCUGAUCCCAUCUUGCUUCGGCUAUCUCCUCACUACCAGCCAUCUCACCGAGUCCGUUCAACCCUCUCCUCGACCAACAACUGUCCUCAGUGCGGUCUGCAGCCAGAUUCCGGCAUCGAACUAUGUCACGACGACCAACUGUCAAAAGUCUCAAGGACUUCUGGCUACUCGAGAAUAUCGGCAUGUGGGAUUCUCCCUUCACAAAUGA